AAGGUUAUAUUUCUCGGAUAAUGAAAUUAGGAAAGUUUUUUGCUUAUGCUAGUUUUUUGGUGAACUACCCACCGCUUAGAGAAGUGGGGGCUUCUCAGGAAUUUCACCUGAUGGCUCGAACCGAACCAAUUAUAAUCAACAAGGAUAACGAGUAUUUACCAGUUCUUGUAAGAGAAAUUGCCAAAAAAAUAGAGAACAGUAGUAUUUUAUUAGAACCGGCUGGAAUUCAUGUUGGAACAUCAGUUUUGACUAGAAAAAAAGCAGCGUUGAAUCUUACUAAGAUUAAGGAUGAUUUAUUAACUGACCUUAAAGAGUUGGCUUGUCCAAAUCUAAGGUUUCCCUUCCUAAACAAAGAAACUGAAGGGGAAGUUAAUCUCUCUCUUGUCAAUUUAGAACCCGGUGGUGCAAUUUUUUUCAAAGAAGGAGAAUUUUUGCGGGGGGAUGAUGACAAUUUAACUCUGGGCAGCGAAAAGGCUUUUUCCUUUUUCAAAAAAAUCAUUGAUGAAGAUAAUGGAAAAAUAACCGUUAAAUACCAAUCGGGGGAAUAUGAAUAUAAUACUAACGAGUUUGCCAAUUAUGAUAUUCCGGCGGGGGUUGAAAUUGAAUAUGAGGAAGUCGAAGCAGCCAGUUCAAGCAAGAAACUACCCGCCUCCCACUCUGCCGAACUCCGGGAACCCGCCGAACCCGACCCCGAAGUAGUCGCUUUCCAAGCAAAAUUAAAAGCCGGAUAUGGGAAAUUUUUGAAACUAAUUACUGACAAUAACAUUUCUCAUAGAACGAAUUAUUAUCCUAAAAAGGGCAAAGAAAAAGUUGUCGAGACUGGCAGCAGUUCAGCGGACACUGAUGGAGAACGGGCUAAGGAAACCAAAGAAGGGGAUGGCGAUGCUGAUGAGACUAAUAAAACUAAUAAAUUAAUAAAUAUGAACCCUCAACAAGAACAAGUAAAAAAUUUAAUUGAUAAUUUACUGGCUACCGCAGCCGAGCCGGUAUUUUUCUUAAUCCUUAAACAGAAAAGCAAAAGUAUAAGCAAAGGAUUAAGCAAGGUUUUGGAUAGAAAAAUAGCCGCUUUAGAAAAAGCAAGUAAAGAUACAAAAGAUACAAAAGAUACAAGAAGUGUAAAAGAAUUAGAACUAGAGAAAGUCCGGGCAAUGAAAGAAAUUAAAACGGCGUCCAUGACUGCUUCAAGCAGCGAAGGUUCAAGCCCCGAUUUAGAAAAGUUUUUCGAAAGGAUUAAAAGGAAAGAAAGUCUGAGAACAUUAACCAAAGAAAAAAAAAAAAUACUUUUAGAAUUAGGAGCGGAUAGCGGCAAAAGUGCUGGUUCUUCCUCAACUGGUGAUGGGUCUAGCGGUAGCCGCCCCAUUAUAGUUGUUGAUGAAGCCAAAAAAGAAGAAGAAAUUACCAAAACCCCCGCGACCGACACCGGAGUAAUUAAAUUCUAUCACGACGGUCAACCUUAUUACGAAUUUACCAAUUUCGCCCCCAACUUUCCCAUCAACUUCCCAAGUUUAGCCGGCUACGAAAAUUUAGCGGGCGAGUGA